GCGUCUGCUUGCUUCGUCAGAGAGCAGUAGAAGAACAGAUGGAUCUGCCGCACUUCAGUUGUAGGUGUUGUUUUGGAAAUAGGACACCGUGUUUAAAUCAGAUGGUAGUGUCCUUGUGUUAAUGCAUAUUUUGGAUACAUUAUGGAUGGGUAGCAUCACGGAUUUUUUAAACGGUAGAGCACCCUGUGAUCCGCACUCAACAGACUGCAGGAAUUAGCCGGCCCCCUGAGGCUUCCUGCUUCCAUUCCCUCCAUUGGAAACCAGGCUUCAUCUGCUGAGGAGAAACAACAUGGACAGGAGCAGUAUCCUCUACCAGGCAACGCCUGCUGUUGGUGCCGAUGGAAAAAACAUAAUGAAGCUGAUUCCUGUCCUAAGAAACAACACACAGCCUCUCCCGACCCAGGCGACUGUCCAAAGGAGCAACAGACAGUCCUAUUUGACUCAGACGUCUGUCCAGAUAAUCACUGCAUCAUCUUUUUCCACCCAGAUGCCUGUCCCAGCGGCCAUUGUGUCGUCUGACCCAACUCAGUCGCCAGUACAAAUAAUCGACGCAGAGUUUUUUCCAUCUGAGAUGCCGGCCCAAACGGCCAAUGGACAGGCCUGUCAAACUCUGACACCUGUCCAGAUAGUCAACUGUGAGUCUUUCCCGAUUCAGACGGCUGAUGUAAGGACCAGCGGACCGUCUUUGCGGGAUCCGGUACCUGUCCCAAGGCCCAGUCAACAGUCCCACCUGACUAAGAUUCCUCAGAAAGUCAUCACUUUGCAUAACCCCGUGCUCCUGAGUGCCCCUCCAAGGUUUAUCAGCAGGCCAGUUUCUGAUUUGAAUAUGUUGUCAAGCCAAAUCUGCUCAUCUUCUAGAGGCUCCUUAAAUGAACACAGUUCUCAUGAGAAGGCUGUGAGUUUGGUGGGAUGUCCUAUUGAACUUCCAGUUACAGUUAAGUCUCCAGGCUUCCCCAAAUCAGAAGUCCUAAAUAUUCCCAGGGAAGCACCGGUGCAGGGAAUUUCUGUAUCCACGCCCCAGACAGCAAGUUUCUCUACCAGAUGUAGUUCACCCACUGUGAUCUAUAUGUCACCUGUUACCACGGUGAACCAAAAGGUAACCCAAACUAUUGCCAGUGCAGCUGAAAAACUUAGAGAAUUGGCAAUAAAAGCAAAUCCUUGUCACUCACCUAGUAACGGUGGCGAAUCACAAAUGUUUACCUGUGAUUUUCCUCCAAGGAAAGGAAAAACUCCAACAUUAAAACUGAUUCCAAAAGUUUCAAAAAGACCCAAUAGUCCAACACGGUGGGUGAUAGAAGAGAUGGACAGCUGCACAGCCAUGAAACCCCUUUCAUCUGAAUCUGCCUCCUCAGGAAAUCUUCACUCAACCUCCAAGAAAGAUGUUCCCAAUAAAACGCUGCCACAAAAUCACUGUGUAAUGUAUGAUGGAAGGCUGUUUUUUAUAACCAAAAAGGACAGCUCAUCUUCUGAAUCCGCUGCAGCUGCAGAGCCCGUUCCUUCAUCUUCACAACAGCCACUCAAGUCACCUGUAACUCUCACAAGUGAAGUGAUAGAUCUUUGUGGUGAGGACAGCUCUCUGUCCUCUAACAUGCCUGCGAUUUAUCAUGGAGAUGAAGAUAACGUAAUCUUUGUGUCUUAUGUUCCACCCAAAUCCAAGUCUGGCUCUGCACAGAAAGUCCAGCUGGGCUGUGGCAGCUCCAACAGCAGAACUGAUGUUUCAGCUGAAAGAGGUGGAGGGCAGGUCCAGAACAAGUCCAUCAGCCAUGAUAAAAGUGUUUAUGGUCCAGCAGAGAUAGACGUUACUGAGAGUUUAAAGACAAAGGAUCUGAAGAGAAUCCCUAACCAUCAGUUAGACACCCUGGAGAUGGAUGCAGAGAUGAGAAGUUUGGCAAAUUCCAGCGAGUGUGGUCCAGCAGUACAGAACUUUCAACAGGGUGUUCCUGGGACAUCUUUAUCAGCAUCAGAACCCCAUAAAAUGUUCGACCACCAGCUCAGGAAAAUAUUUGGAAUUACAGCUGAUCUGAAAAUUUCUCUUCAAAAGAUUGAUGAAAUGCCACAGACUAACUUUCCACAGACUAAACCCAGAGUUUCAGUAGAUGGUAGUGAGUCGUUUAGAAAGGUUUUAAAAAUUAAAGAGGUUUCUCUGCAGAACUUUUCCAGUCCAGAUAAACUGGAUGUAAAGAUCCUAACUGAACAUGAGCAGUCGCCAUCUUCUCACACCACAAAUCUAAAAAGUCCAGAUAUCAAACUGAACACAGUUCAUCACUGUGUAUCAAAUAAGAACUGUUGUUCCAGCUUGGAAAUGUCCUUUUUACAUGAAGCUGAGUCUGUGAUUGGUUAUGUUGAACCCAUAGAUGAGGAUUUCCCUGAUGAAAAUGACGUUCCUCAGUUACAGGACACUCUUCAGACGCAGACAUGUGUAGAUGUUAACACAAACGCGAGGAGAAUGGGAAGGACAAGAAAACGCACCAUGUGCCUGUGCUGUGUCCCAACUAUUCUGCAUCCUGUUAUUAAAUCAGCCACCAGCUUGGAAGAGGUGGAGAGGUGGAUGUCAACAACAGACCUGAUGACUAAAAGAGGAGGGCGAAUAAAGGCUUCAAGGAAAAAUGGAAGAACAUCUAAGAAGACCAGCUACCCAAACUGUAAAGUACACAAGCCUCCUGCUAGCAACAGUUCAUCAACAGCAUCCACAGGCUCUGCAGGGUUAAAAAGACAUGAGCAGAUGAAGAGACACAAUGAAGAGACACGAUGAACAUCAGGCAAAGAAGCACACAAAUGACCAAUACUAAGUGCUGGGACAGAAAAAUGUAUGCUAUUUUCAUCCUAGGCAAAAAUAGACAGGAGCUUGACAUUGUACUGAAUUGAAGGAAUAGUCAUGGUCAUGUCACAUCUUCACUUUGUUUUUAAAGCCCUCUUUAAACUUGGAAUAUAAAAUAUGCAACAUGUUUUUAUAUACAUUUUGUAUUGAUACUGGUCUGUAGUUAAAUAUUUUAUAAUGCAAAAACAACAAAUUUGUUACUAUUCAUUUUGAACUAUUGUUUGAGUUCAUUGCUUUUUUAUUGUUUCUAAUUGUUCAUUGGAUAUUAUUGAGCAGUGACUCAACAUGUACUAACCUCAGAACUGUAACAUGACAAACAGCAGUGGCCAACAUGGCUGUAAAUUGCAGUGCAGAAUUGGCCCAGUCAGAGCUAAAACACUACUUUUCAGAGUGUUUUAUGGAAAUGUAAAGUUGUAGACAAAAUUUGCCAGGGUGGGGCCAAUGUCUUCACAGGUCACUCCAAAUUUGUUAAAUGGCCAAUUUCACCAAAAGUGACAGACUCACUUUAAAAUAAUAAAUGGUAUAUAUGC